GCGGGCGGGACUCGCGCUGGGAGUGGUCCGCGAGGCGAGGCUUUAAAGAGAAGCGCCCCCCCCCCUCCGGGAACCGGGAAUCGCUGGAUUCGGGGGCGGGAGCCGAAGAGCAGAGGACCUUUGGAGACCACAGAAAGUGAAAGCCGGUUUAAAGUUUCCCUUCCCCCUACUUGUCUCUCCCCACCUCCAAUUCCAUUCCCUUCUUCCCUCCCCGCCAAGUCAAAAGGAACUAAAGUUUGCUCUUCCCACCCAAUAAAUACUAAUUUUACUUUUCCAUCAGGAAAACAGAACUGUCUUCCUGAUUUUAGAGCUUUAGAGAACUCAAAGACCCCCCCCACACACUUGGUUUUUAGCCGCGGGGAAUCAAAGCUCGAACGGUUUUGCCCUUUUCCAAAUUCUGUACCUCGUUCUACGUGGGACGCUAUGUCUACCAACAGCUGCACUUUCAAGGACCGUUGCGUGUCCAUCCUGUGUUGCAAGUUCUGUAAACAGGUGCUCAGCUCUAGGGGGAUGAAGGCUGUGUUGCUGGCCAACACUGACAUAGACCUUUACUCUACAGACAUCCCUCCUACCGACACCGUGGAUUUCAUUGGAAGAUGCUAUUUCACUGGAAUCUGCAGCUGCAAACUGAAGGACAUCGCGUGUUUAAAAUGUGGGAACAUUGUAGGCUAUCAUGUGAUUGUUCCAUGUAGUUCCUGCCUUCUUUCCUGCAACAAUGGACACUUCUGGAUGUUUCACAGCCAGGCGGUUUAUGGUGUUAACAGACUAGAUUCCACUGGUGUAAACUUCCUACUCUGGGGCAACUUGCCAGAGACAGAAGAAUGUACAGAUGAAGAUGUGUUAGAAAUUUCAGCAGAAGAGUGUAUCCGAUGA